GCCAAUACAUAGAUUCAACGGUAGACAGACGACGACGACGCCCUUUAGCCAAUCUCGUGGCGAACGAAACCCUAAUCAUCAUCACUCUCUCGAAUUCGAUUCGAAUUCUUCGUAAUCCGCCAUGGAUGCUCAACGAGCUCUGCUGGACGAACUUAUGGGCGCAGCUCGUGAUCUGACGGACGAAGAGAGGAGAGGAUUCAAAGAGAUCAAGUGGGAUGACAGAGAGGUCUGCGCAUUCUACAUGGUUCGAUUUUGCCCUCAUGACCUCUUCGUCAACACCAAGAGCGAUCUCGGUGCGUGCUCGAGGAUUCAUGAUCCCAAGCUCAAAGAGAGCUUUGAGAACUCUCCGAGGCAUGAUUCGUAUGUUCCUAAGUUCGAGGCUGAGCUUGUUCAAUUCUGCGAGAAGCUGGUGAAUGAUCUUGACAGGAAGGUAAGGCGUGGACAAGAGCGCCUUGCGCAAGAGCUUGAACCUCCUCCACCACCUUCUCUGUCUGGUGAGAAAGCUGAGCAGCUCUCUGUUUUGGAGGAGAAGAUUAAGAACCUUCUUGAGCAAGUGGAAGCACUUGGUGAAGAAGGCAAGGUGGAUGAAGCUGAAGCCCUAAUGAGAAAGGUGGAAGGGCUUAAUACGGAGAAGGCAAUGUUGAUACAGCGACCAAAUGACAAGGUGCUAGCGAUGGUACAGGAGAAGAAGAUGGCACUGUGUGAUGUUUGUGGUUCAUUCCUUGUCUCUAAUGAUGCUGUAGAAAGGACCCAGUCUCAUGUCACUGGGAAGCAGCAUGUUGGCUAUGGCAUGGUCCGAGAUUUUCUUGCUGAACAAAAGGCUGCUAAAGAUAAAGGAAGGGAAGAAGAAAGGCUAGUCAGAGGGAAAGAAGCAGAUGAUAAGAGGAAACCGAGGGAGAGGGAAAGCGAGAGUAGGAGGAGUGGUUCUAGUGAUAGAGAGAGAUACCGUGAUAAUGAUAGAGAUAGGGACAGACACAGAGAUCAUGGUAGAAAUCAUAGAAAGCAUUAUGACAGGAGACCCAGGAGUGGGAGAGAUGGUCGUGACCGAAGCAGGUCUCGUUCUCCUCAUGGAAGGUCUGGUCGCAGAAGGGCGUCGAGAAGUCCGGUUCGCCAGUACUAGUUUGAGAGAACUUUGCAAACUCAUGAGGUAGAACUUGUGUCUUCUCCCUAAGUUUCAUUGGCAUGUGUGUUUUCUUUUAUUUGGAACUUGUUAAAAUUUGAAGGAUAAAAUAUUGUCUUUCUACCCGUUCAGACAGCUAUUGUAAGAGUUUAAGACCUUUAUCCAACCUCCAUCGGUUAUUUGUUAAGAGGUCAAAAGCGUUGAGGUAGGUAAAACCUGUAUAACCUUUUUUACGUUUUUCAUUGUAUUUCUCGACAUUGGAGAUGCUAUAGCUUUCUUUUAUUCUA